CGUUGUCUGUGAGCGCGUCUGAUUGACACAGCAUGCGUCCGGUAGCCGAAAUUGAUAAAUUGGAACAUGCGUAAUUGACCUUUCGAAUUAAAAAAAAAAAAAAAAAAAAGGAAAACUUCAAGUAAAGGAACAUGCGCAUUCGUUCUCAGUGGCUUUUUUUAGUGUUGAAAGUGAGCAUGCACGUAGUAAGAAGGGUGGUUCUCUAAGUUUGAAUCCGACCGAAACCGCCUUAGCAGAGUGUUGUAGGUCCCAUGGUGGCUGUAUCACCUGAACUAAACACAAAAUCUUUUUGUUGUUCACUUUUUGAAGGAGCAGCAUGUCAAUAGUAACAGUGCAGCUUGGUCAGUGUGGCAACCAGAUUGGCUUUGAAGUGUUUGAUGCUUUAUUUAUGGACUCACAAUGUUCCCAGGGAUUCUGCUCUAAGAGAGAGAAUGAGGCAUAUCAAGCAUCUUGCAGAGAAAGAUUCUUCAGGGAGGAAAACGGAGUUCCAAUUGCCCGGGCUGUGCUUGUUGACAUGGAACCUAAAGUUAUCAAUCAAAUACUGUCAAAGGCUGCCCAGCCUGGGCGAUGGAAGUAUGGUCAGCAUGCGUGCUUCUGUCAGAAACAGGGUUCUGGAAACAACUGGGCAUAUGGUUACUCUGUUCACGGACCCAAGCAUGAAGAAUCUAUAAUGAGCCUAAUCCAGAAGGAAGUGGAGAAGUGUGACUCUUUAAGUGGUUUUUUCAUCAUCAUGAGCAUAGCUGGGGGCACAGGAUCAGGGCUGGGAGCCUUCCUUACACAGCGUCUACAAGAUCACUACUCAAACGCCUUGAAAAUGAAUCAGAUAAUUUGGCCUUAUGGAACUGGUGAGGUUAUCGUUCAGAACUACAACUCCAUUUUGACGCUGUCUCAUUUGUACCGAUCUUCAGAAGCCCUCCUUGUUCAUGAGAAUGAUACUAUCCAUAAGAUCUGUGCAAAACUGAUGAAUAUCAAGCAGAUCUCCUUUCGGGAUAUAAAUCAAGUCCUUGCACAUCAGCUGGGAAGCGUGUUCCAGCCUACUUAUUCUGCAGAAGGCUCAUUUCACUACAGAAGAAAUCCACUAGGAGACUUAAUGGAGAAUUUAGUUCCCCAUCCUGAAUUCAAGAUGCUUGGUGUUCGCAACAUUCCUCAGAUGUCUGAGAAUUCCCUGGCGUACAGCACUUUUACUUGGGUUGGCCUCCUGAAGCAUUUGAGACAGAUGCUCAUUUCUAAUGCGAAAAUGGAAGAAGGUAUUGAUUGGCAAGUGCGGCCUUCCUUACCAAGACUUCCACCUCUCAACAAACUGUCUCUCAACAGGGAGCAGCAUUUUAACACCUCCCUUGCUAACUUGGUCAUCCUUCGUGGGAAAGAUGUACAGAAUGCAAAUCUGGAGGGAUUUAAGGACCCCGCCCUGUACACCUCGUGGCUGAGGCCCGCAGAUGCCUUGUCCGUGUGGAAAACCUCGAGAGCCUUCAACAGAUAUGAGAGGUCCGCGGCGCUGGUCAGCAACAGCCAGUUCUUUGUGAGGCCACUCGAUACAAUUGUGGGCAAAGCGUGGAAUAUGUUUGCUUCUAAAGCCUAUAUUCAUCAGUACACAAAAUUUGGAAUUGAAGAAGAGGACUUUUUGGACAGUUUCACAUUGUUAGAACAAGUCAUUGCCAGUUACUGUAAUCUCUGAUUUUGAAUAAAAGGGAAACGUACCUUAAGGCA